AUGACAAAUUCAACAUCCCCACCAAUAACUUCAUCAACAAAUAAUAAUUUAACAUCAACAAAUUUUUCCAAUUACUAUGAUUCGACUAGUGCAGCAGCAGCAGCAGCGGCUGCUGCUUAUUAUGGGCCAACGACAAAUCGAUUAAUGCAAACAACAUCCGCAUCAGUACCAACCUAUAAUGUUCACCAAGCCAAUCCAUAUUCCGGUUAUACAGAUGCAGCUGCAUAUCAUUUACUGUCACGUCCAUCAGCGGCUGCUUAUUCUUAUGCAAUGGCAACGGUUAAUUCUAAAGAAUUGGCUAAACCGGCUAUGAGUUAUAUAGCAUUAAUAACAUCAGCUAUUCAAAAUAGUCCAGGUCAAAAAUGUACUUUAAAUGGAAUUUAUCAAUACAUAAUGGAUCAUUACCCUUAUUAUCGAGAAAAUAAACAAGGUUGGCAAAAUUCUAUUCGUCAUAAUUUAUCAUUAAAUGAUUGUUUUGUGAAAGUUACACGAGAUGAUAAACGACCAGGGAAAGGAUCCUAUUGGAUGCUUCAUCCUGAGUCGCAUAAUAUGUUUGAAAAUGGUUCUUUUUUAAGACGACGUCGUCGUUUUAAACAAGAAUCAUCAAAUAGCCAUCAUCGAAAUCAACAUGGACCACGACAAAAAGGACAUCGAAAUUCACCAAAUUUAACUAGUCCAACUAAUCAAACUGACACAAGAUCUAAUGAAACUAAAUCAAGUCGUUCACGUGUUCAACUUGAAAAAGAGACAACAUCAGAUGAUACUGAUUUUUUAGAGCCACCAAAAAAAAAACAUGCCGGUGAAUAUACAACUCCAAAAGUUGAACCAGUUGAAGCCAGUGAAUCAGGUGACCAUCCAUCAACUUAUGCUCAUCCAUCAUCACCAAAAACACCGCCAUCGUCAUCAUCAACGAUGAGAAUACCAAAUUUUAAUCUUUUUGAUACAAUGACAGCUGCUGGAAUGUAUGAUUCAACUGUUAAUUCAUCAGCCACUGCUAAUAAUAAAAAUAAUUUUUAUCAUAUUCAAAAUGGUAAUCAUCAUAAUACACAACAUAUUUAUUCUUCAAAUAAUGAAUAUGGUUCUUCUUCUAUGCCAACAUCACAUGGAUAUUGGCCUUAUGCAACUCAACCAUAUUUUCCAGCAACAACAAGACAAUAUAUGGUAAAUCAAAUACCUUCUACAUCGCUAUCGGACACCUGUGCGUCAACUACUCAACAAGAUUUAUCCUAUCAUACACAUGGAUCUUAUCCACAUAUGCAGAAAACAGUUGGAAACUAUCCAACAAGUUACGAAUUCUAUCAACCACACAAUGCCAAAUACUGUUAA